CCACGAGGUAGAAGUACAACAGCAGCAUCUGGUGUGGCGAACAUUGCUAUAAAAUAAAAUACAGAUAAAAAUAUCAAAAUCAAAAAAACCGGAUGAAACAGGAAAAAGGGAAGCGAAAAUUUGCGCUGAUUGAUGAGGUAAUGUUUGCGCAGCAAAACAUGGCUGACCAAAGAGAAAGGAAUUGGUCAAAGAAUGAAAGAUCUAAAAAAAGAUUGAAUUGGUCAAAGAAUGGAAGAUCUAAAAAAAAGAUUGCAGUUAAAAGAGAGAAUAUUAGACAAAGAAAAAAAGAAAAAAUCAAUAAUAGUACAAAGCCAAAAUAAUGGCGGACAAAAAUCAAUACGCGUA